CAAACAGAAGCUGACUAAUACCCUAGAUGGUCAGGCCAUUAACCGAACGAAAAAGAAAAACUAACUUUCUUCUAUGCCCCAUCCAGGCAUGAUCAGGCCCAUCAAACUUCUAAUUUAUAACAGUCUGUGAGUUAUAUUAUUUUGGUUUUUUGUGUAUAUGUAAUUUACGACGAGCUGUCGGUAUUAUAAGGACGUUAAUACCUUGAUCUGACGCUGUUAUUGAGUUAGUUAGCCUAUGUGGGGUAGUGAGCGCCUGGUCGGUCGGUGAUCAAGUGAUGCUCAAAAGCUGUUACAGCCCUUCCAGAAGUUAUCCAGGAUUCCGGGGAAAUGUCUGGAAGCACAGAGGAGCUACGGAGUAUGCUCUUGAGUUUUCGUGUGUCGGAGCUGCAGAUGUUGUUGGGUUAUGCCGGGGGGAACAGAUCUGGUAGAAAAAGCGAACUCCAACAACGAGCCUUAGAACUGUUGAGGGUUCGAGACCAUCCCAUUCACAAGAAAAUUCGGGAUUUAUACAAGACCACGCAAUCUGGUUUUCACAGGACAAAUUCUACAUCUCAGUCAAGCUCUCCAGGAAACAGUGAACAACAGUCGACGGCCCAAGGAAACAGUAUGCCUCAGCAACAACCCCAAGCAAAUAUUCUAAGAGCGACGGCAACUGUUCAUCCAUACUCUGUCGAUAACAGGGGAAUUACGACUCGUCAAGCUGCGGCAGCCGCUGCUAUGUAUGGUCAAGGAGGGAUGGCACAGAACCUCUACUAUCCUCCACAUUAUAAUAAUGCUAAUCAGGCUCCCGUAUUGUCAAGCAAUUUUCCUGUUCACCCAGACGUGCGACUUAAAAGAUUGCCAUUUUAUGAUACAAUCGCUGAUUUGAUCAAGCCUUCUACUCUUGUUCCGCAAACCAACCAGAGAAUGCAAGAACAACCGUUUUAUUUCCACUUAACUCCUCAACAAGCCACUGAUAUUGCAACUUCUCGGGAUAUUCGGCCCGGAGUUAAAUGCGACUAUAUCAACCAGGUUCAGUUACGAUUUUGUCUUUUGGAAACUACCUGCGAGCAGGAAGACUGUUUUCCACCCCAGGUGAUUGUGAAAGUCAACAACAAACUAUGUCCAUUGCCGAAUCCAAUUCCUACAAAUAAACCAGGGGUGGAACCGAAGCGACCACCACGACCAGUGAAUAUUACGCAAAUGGUCAAACUAAGUCCCACUGUAGCCAAUCAGAUUACGGUGUCAUGGGCGGCAGAUUAUGGCCGAGGAUAUGCAAUGACAGUGGCGCUCGUGCACAAACUUUCGUCGGCCGACUUGUUGCAGAGGCUCCAUAAAAAAGGCGCUAAGCAUUCCGAUCAUACGCGCGCUCUAGUUAAGGAGAAACUGAGCGAUGAUGGAGAUUGUGAAAUAGCUACAACGAGUUUGCGAGUUUCUCUCAUGUGUCCUCUUGGUAAGAUGCGAAUGACAACUCCAUGCAGGGCACACACGUGCGCACAUCUGCAAUGUUUCGAUGCUUCUCUCUUUCUGCAAAUGAAUGAACGUAAACCUACUUGGAAUUGUCCUGUUUGUGAUAAGCCUGCUCUGUAUGAUCACCUAGUUAUUGACGGGUACUUCCAAGAAAUAAUUAGCUCAUCUCUCCUGCCGUCAGAUUGUAAUGAAAUUCAGUUGUUGAAGGAUGGUAGCUGGAGUAGUCAUACUAAUGAGAAGAAAACAGAAAAAGCGUCAACGGCAAUUGUAACUAGCAUCGCUAUCGAUGAUUCGAUUCAAAUUAUUGAAGACAAUGUUGAAUUCGUUAGUUCAAAUCUGGCAGCUACUUCAUCUACGGACACGUCCAAAGAGCCUGAGAAGAAAAAAGUGGUGGUCGAUCUCACUUUAUCAGACUCGGAUGAUGAUGAGCCAUUGGCAAAGCGACGGCCACCCCCUAAACCGGACUCAACUAUAAAAUCUAACGAGAAUAGCAACAUAUCAUCGUCUAGUAGCAGCCAACAACGAAGUAUUACCACUCCAGGCCCAUCCUCAGUGUCCAGUUCUGGAUACCCGGUAAGUCCUGGAGUAAUCAAUCUGGAUAGCCCUUCGCCACCAAGAUCACCACAAGUACAACCUCCACCUUCUUGUAUGAUGGCAGGCGAUGCUCAAUUGAACAACGGGAACGCAGCACAGCAAGGUUUUGGUAUGUCCACUGGUCCCAGUAUGCAGUUUAUGCACAUGGAAAACGAAGCCAGUAGUGCUAAUGUGAAUUACACUCAAGGGUAUUAAUAAAAUGUCUAUUAUGAAUAUCCUGGAUUGCAAAUCAAUUUAAAUGUUAUUUUGUGCGAACUACUCAGUGCUAUCCCAACUUUGAUUGAAUGCCACAACGACAAGGUGAGAGGUGAUCGAUGGACUAGACAUUACAAAGGGUUUACAUUGAUGACAUGUAAUAUAAUUGGUUUUGUUUAUUUAUUAUUUCUUGUCGUGUAAUUUAAUUCCAUUAGAAAGUAAGUGUGUAAAAAUGUUCAAUUUAUGCUUUAAUAUUUGGAACCAAGCCCAAAGAUCUGUAUUUUACUUUUACUUUCAACAAGUUGUCCUUUAGAAGUAAAUAUAAGUUCAAUAUGCUUGAGGCGAAUUCAUGUUUUCAAAAUAUUUUUGUUGGGUAUGUUGCCGCAAAGUUGUUGUUUAAAAAGGCCGAAUUUUCUGCAAUUUUUUCUACAAUAACAAUGCAAAUUUAACUGUAGUCCAUGAAAUAUAGGAUGAUCUAACAUACAAUAAUAAUCAAAUGUGGUUUUUUGAUGUUUUUGUUUUAUACGUGGCUUCAACUUACAGAGACAUACUGUAUAUUAAAAUUUCCUCUAUUCAAUUUCAGAAUUUGUUCGUGUUUUUGUUGGUAAAAGGUUAGGAAAUUCCGCCUGUUGUAAAAUCAAAAUACUCAACAAAAAGGUUUUGAUCAGUUGUUCGUUCACGACUUCACGAACUUUUUCUGGACAUUGUAUGAUCGACAAGUUAUUAUUUUACGUUUAUUAGUUUUUGUAUUGUGAGCCUGAAAAAAAUAAAUCCUAGUUUUUCAAUG